UAUUCUCUCUUCCUUCCUAACGAGUUUCCAUUAGAGUCAUUGUCUAUUCUCUCUCUCUUACACACCAAACUCCUGUGUGUUUUCCUUCCCAAAACACACACACAUAAUUCGCUUCUGUUUUCACAUCACAAGUUGGUUGUUGUUGUUGUUCUUGUUAACUUUAACUAUCACCUCACGAGUCAUCACCAUGCCUGAGGCUCCAAGAGGGUACAACCUUUUCGAACAGAACAAGAAAACUCUCGAGUACAUUGAGGAUGUCACUGCAAACGCUGACCAAGUUCAGAAGAAGGUUCUCUCCGAAAUCCUCUCAAACAAUGCAAACGUUGAGUACCUAAAGAGACACGGUCUCAACGGCCAAACUGACCGUGAAACCUUCAAGAAACUCUUGCCUGUCAUAACCUACGAGGAUAUCCAACCCGACAUCAACCGCAUCGCCAAUGGUGACACUUCUCCAAUCCUUUGCUCCAAACCCAUUUCAGAGUUCCUCACUAGUUCUGGGACAUCUGGUGGUGAGAGAAAGCUGAUGCCAACAACUGAAGAGGAACUCCCUAGAAGAAGUUUGCUGUAUAGUCUUUUGAUGCCGGUGAUGAGCCUGUCUGUUCCAGGCUUAGAAAAAGGCAAAGGAAUGUACCUAAUGUUCAUAAAAUCUGAGGCUAAAACACCUGGUGGUAUUGUGGCUCGUCCAGUUCUCACCAGCUAUUACAAAAGUUCCUAUUUUAAAGACAGACCCUAUGACCCCUACACCAACUAUACUAGCCCAAAUGAAACUGUCCUCUGUCCUGAUUCCUACCAAAGCAUGUAUUCUCAAUUGCUUUGUGGUCUUUGCCAAAACAAAGAGGUUCUCCGUGUAGGGGCAGUUUUUGCCUCUGGCUUCAUAAGGGCCAUUAGGUUCCUUGAGAAACACUGGCCCCUUCUUUGCCAUGAUAUUAGGACAGGAACCAUCAAUCCCCAAAUCACUGACACCUCAGUGCGUGAGGCUGUCAUGAAGAUCCUCAAACCUGACCCAAAGCUAGCUGAUUUUAUCCAAACUGAGUGUAGCAAGAGUUCAUGGCAGGGCAUAAUCACUAGGGUGUGGCCCAAUACCAAGUAUGUGGACGUUAUUGUGACUGGCACAAUGUCACAGUACAUACCCACAUUGGAUUACUACACCAAUGGACUCCCACUUGUCUGCACCAUGUAUGCCUCAAGUGAAUGCUACUUUGGUGUCAACCUCAACCCUCUUUGCAAACCCAGCGAGGUCUCUUACACCCUCAUUCCCACCAUGUGCUACUUCGAGUUCUUGCCUGUCAACAGAAGCAAUGGGGUUUCUGACUCCCUCCAUACCUCUAGAUCCCUCAAUGAGAAGGAACAACAAGAGCUUGUUGAGCUUGUUGAUGUCAAGCUUGGCCAAGAAUAUGAACUUGUAGUCACAACUUAUGCUGGUUUGUAUCGUUACAGGGUUGGUGAUGUGUUAAGGGUGGCUGGAUUCAAGAACAAGGCACCACAAUUCAACUUUGUGUGCAGAAAAAACGUGGUGUUGAGCAUAGAUUCAGAUAAAACGGAUGAAGUGGAGCUGCAGAACGCAAUGAAGAAUGCUGUGACACACUUGGUGCCAUUUGAUGCAGCAGUGGCUGAGUACACAAGCUAUGCAGACACCACAACAAUCCCAGGUCACUAUGUGCUGUAUUGGGAACUCACCCUGAAUGGUUCAACACCAAUUCCACCCUGUGUGUUUGAGGAUUGUUGUUUAGCCAUAGAGGAGUCACUGAACAGCGUGUAUCGCCAAGGGCGUGUCUCAGACAAAUCAAUUGGGCCACUUGAGAUCAAGAUUGUGGAACAGGGCACCUUUGACAAGCUCAUGGACUAUGCCAUUAGUCUAGGGGCUUCAAUAAACCAAUACAAGACACCAAGGUGUGUGAAGUUUGCACCUGUUGUUGAGCUCUUGAACUCAAGGGUAAUGUCAAGCUAUUUUAGUCCAAAAUGUCCAAAAUGGGUUCCAGGCCACAAGCAGUGGAUCAACCAGAAUUGAUGAUGAAUGAAAUGAAGAAUCUAAAGUUGGACAUUAUUAUGUGGUUGGUAGCUUUUCAUGGCGGUUCACGUGAACUGUUUUUUGUGGACAUGCU